AUGGCGAUGGCGACACUGCAGGACUGGUGCCGCUGCCUGGGCGUGAACGCGCAGCGCUCCCUGCUCAUCCUGGGCAUCCCUGACGACUGCCGGGAGGACGAAUUCCAGGAGGCCGUGCAGGCUGCGCUGUGGCCCCUGGGCAGGUACCGAGUGCUCGGCAAGGUCUUCAGAAAGGAGCUGGGGGCCAGGGCAGCCCUGGUCGAGUUUGCAGACUAUCUAAACCCAAGUGUGAUCCCGCGACAGAUACCAGGCAAGGGGGGACCCUGGACUGUGAUCUUCCUGCCCCAGGCCCAUGAUGCUGACUUACAGGACAGACCCGAUUUCCCUGCAAGGCCCCAGGGUCAAGCAGUGGCCAGAUGGGCAGGUGAGGCAGGAGGUGCAGGAGAGGCAGGAGCUGCAGUUGAGGCAGGAGCUGCAAGUGAAGAAGUUGCAGGUGAAGAAAAAGCUCCAGGAGGGGAAGAAGCCACAGGUGAGACAGGAGCCACAGGUGAGGAAGGAGCAGCUGUGACAGGAGCUGCAAGUGAGACAGGAGGUGCAGUUGAAGAAGAAGCUCCAGGUGAGAAAGAAGCUGCAGGUGAAGAAGCUGCACAUGAGGCAGGAGCUGCAGGAGAGGAAGAAGCCACAUGUGAGGCAGGAGCCACAGGUGUUACAGGAGCUGCAGAUGAAGAAGCUAGAUGUGAAGAAGUCAUAGGUCAGGCAGAAUCUGCAGGUGAGGAAGAAGCCACAGCUGAGGCAGCAGCUGCAGGUGAAGAAGCCCCAGGAGAGGAAGAAGCCACAGAUGAGGCAGAAGCAGCAGGCGAGGCGGGAUCUGCAGGUGCGACAGCAGCUGCAGGUGAGGCAAGAGCAGCAGGUGAGGCAGCAGCUGAGGCUGAGGCAGGAGCUGCAGAUGAGGAAGAAGCCGCAGGUGAGGCAGACACCUGGGCCCAGCAGUGGAGUGAGGCCCUGUGGCCCCUUCUGAAAACUCAGGCCUACCAGGAACUGAGAACCUUUUCCGGGAGUGAGCAGCCAGGCUGCGGGGAAGAGUCCUUUGAGAGCUGGCUGGACCAUGCCAAGGACAUGCUGGGCCUGUGGUGCCACAUGUCAGAAAGGGAGAGGAGGAGGCGGCUGCUGGAGAGCCUGGGGGGCCCUGCCCUGGAUCUCAUGUGUGGCCUCCUGGCAGAGAAUCCUGACACCCCAGUGCAGGACUGCCUGGCUGCGCUCAUGCAGGUGUUCGGGAACAAGGACACCCGGAUGACCGCGCGGCUGAAGUUCCUGACCUGCUCGCAGCGCCCCGAGGAGAAUCUGUUUGCCUACGUGGUGCGCCUGGAAGGCCUGCUGCACGAGGCCAUGGAGAAGGGGGCCUUCCACCCGGCCAUCGCAGACCAGGUGCGAGCCCGGCAGGUGCUGCUGCAGGCCCGGCCCAACGCGAUGCUGCAGGACAAGCUGCGGAGGAUGCGGCUGGAGAGGAGGCUGCCUGGCUUCCUGGGGCUGCUGCGGCUCAUUCGGGAGACCGAGGCCUGGGAGGCGGUUCUAGCUGUGAGGGAGCAGGAGCUACGCACAAAAGAGGAAGGGACCCCUGGGGACGGUGGAGACCCAGCUGCCGCCCAGGCCGCCCCUGCCGCGGGAGGCGCAGCUGAGGCCUCCCCAGCCCGUGACGGUGCCAGCCAGGCUGUUCCUGUCCGUGCAGAUGCUGCCCAGGUUACUGCCGGUAGCCCGGGAGCCGCCCAGGCCUCCCCUGCCCUUGAAGAGGUCGCCGAGGCCUCCCCUGCCGCUCAGGAAGACGACAGUGUCCCUGCCCCUGCGGGCCUGGGUCAGGCAGGACCCACUGAGGCCCCUGGGGCCCCCCCCACAGCCCAGAUGUGCAGUGUUUCUGGGGCGAGCCCAGGAGGCCCUGGCUGGGUGCCCGAGAGCCGGGCCCAGGCGGGAGACCAGGAGGCCGAGGAGGCCCCCCUGGAUGGGGAGGAGUAG